CCAGUACUGAGAAAGGCCGACUGAUGGCUCUCCUCUUGUAGCUCUGCUGUGGAAUCCGCCGAGCUUCACCACUGAUGUCCAAAAUGCACCGAUCUGAUGCCACUGUGGAUGAUGCAGUAUUGCGGAAGAAAGAGCAGAAAGAUGUUGAAUUGGAUAAGAAAAUCAUAGCUUUGCGUAAAAAGAAUGAAGCUCUUAUGAGAAGAUACCAAGAAAUAGAAGAGGACAGAAAGCGUGCAGAGCAGGAGGGAAUGGCUGUCACCUCAAGGAGACCCAAGGCAGAUAGCCUCACCAUCACAAUUACCAAAGCACAUAAUGAGAAAAGAGUAGUGAAUGAGAAAUGGGGAAACAGCUGCUCUGCUGCCUCAAGCUUUGGGAUUGGUAGUGAGGAGGAGGAAGAUGGUGAGGAAGCAGAUCAUUUGUUUACAUUCAGGAUGGGGAAGAGGAUGCAGCUGGCAGUAACCAUGGACAAUAAAGCUAAGGGAAAACGGAUUGUUAGUGAAAAAUGGGGAUCAGAGUGUUUUGGGAGCCCAGGGGAGACCCCAGAUAUCAGCGAGGAAGAGAUGGAUCAGCUAGUAGCUUUCCGUAGAGGAAGAAGAAUGCAGAUUGCUAUUACUAUGGACAACAAAAGCAAGGUGCAGGAGAAAAGAACAGUGGAGAGAAGGAAGUCAGAAGGCGACAAGCAUUCCGAAAAUGUUCUUGGCAAAAAGGAGAGAGGGAAAUCUCCCCAGAAGAGUCCAGGGGACAAGGGCUGUACCCUGUCUGGAAGAGAGAGGUCAGAAUAUAUGCGGUGGAAGAAAGAGCGGGAUCAGAUUGACCUUGAGCGACUGGAACGUCACAAGAAUUCAAGGGGAGAAUGGCGGCGGGCUUGGGACAUAGAAAAAUCAGAGCGUCUGUUUGAAGAUACUAAGGAUGAGGAACUAGGUUUGGAUUGCGUCCAAAGUAAGAAAGGUGCAAGAAAUAUCAGGAAGUCCCAGUUCCGAUCAUUGCCAUCUGAAGGAAAAAGUGGAGCACCACAUAAAACGGGCACCAGUGAGUCUGUUUCCAGAACACUGCCAGUAAUGAGCAGUAAAGCCAGAGGAAAGGACCGAUUGACAGGUAGAGCCAGACGAUGGGAUGCCAAAGAAGGUGAAGAACUGUCCUUUAUAAAAGAUGAUCCUGAAAACCAGAGACACUCUAGAAUUGAACAACUGAAGAAUCAUACUCAGGUCAGUGAGCAUAACUGCACCACAGUGUUAGAUAAAAAUGUUAAGCCACAAGAGGCCCAUGAUGACCACAGUCUUCUCAUGCCACAAGCUCAAAAAAGUGGAAAGAGUCUGUUUGCAGAUGAAGAUCAGGGCACCAAUGGAAAGACCAGGAAGUGCUUUGCUCAGGAAAUGUCUCCCUUCAGCAUGGAUGAUCCUGAGUUAGAAUCCAAGCUCAGUAAUGCAAUAAUUGGGACUGAUCAAUCCUCCAAGAUCCUCGGUACAAACAGCAGCUCUUGCCAGAGGGUGGCCCAGAAUGUAGUGCAGGCUGCUGGAUGUGCCAUGAAGGAAAUCAGUUCUACAGAAGAUGACUUAGCGAGAAAUGUAUACUCUGACACGAACCCUAGUGAGGAGUGUGCAGAAAACCUGCAGAUAAAGGCGGAACUAGAUGAUGAAGGCCAAGGACUGUCAAUAGCCAGACAAAUAGAAGAAGAGGUCCAAUAUGUGGGCCUCAAGAGGCAAAGAAUCUCGGAGAAAAAAAGUGAUGGCACUGCCUGCCUUGCACACAGGGAAUCCUGUUCCCCAAAUCAAGAAAUCCCAGGCAGAACUAAUACAUUUGUACAGGAUGGAACAAAAAUAAGGAACAACAAACAGGACCAACCUGAGACAUGCAAUACAGAAGCAAAAAAUUGAGACAGAAAUUGCUGAGCUCCAAGAGCAUGAAGGACAACGUGUAAUGCACAGCUGGUUACAAAACAGAAGAGCAAACUCUCUCUGACGCCAUCCUUCCACACCGGGCCUUCCCCCUUCAGCGCCCAUUAACACCACCCACUGCAGGCAAUGUUUGCUUAUUUGGGAGUUAGCUGUGUGCAGAAAUUGUCAGUUCCGCUUUGGCGGUAGUCCCCCAAAGCACAUCCUCCAUGUCGAAGACAGAAAAGCCUGCAAAAAAAGAAGCCCGCAGUGGGAGAAACAAAACACUGACACUUUUAUUUUGAACCUAACCUUGUUUCCUCCUCUGCCAAACAAAGAAAUAAUAAUGUGGGCGUGUGACAAGCCAUGAUGCACUUUAUGUCAUUUAAUAACUAAUUUUAUUUAAAAGUUGGGUUUGUUUGUAGCUAUUGACUUCUUUUUGCCUCCUGUCAAUGGGUGUGUUGCCACUACCCAAAGAAGAGGACAGACUUUGCACAGCCUUAGGAUGCUUGAGCUUCUGGUUGACCAAUCAGAGAAAAUGAAGAAGUGAUCAUUCUCUUCUAAGUAUUAAAGCUGCCAGAGGAGAUAGUGAUCGAAUACAGGAAGGUUAGAGUGUCGCUUUGUAUGAGGGUUCCAGUAUGAUGAGAAGGGACCAGUGGUAGAGGAUGGUGUUUGCAAUUUGGUUUUUUCUCCACAGCUUUUCUUUUAAACCUUCUUGGUUGUGCAACUUGUGACAUCAUUGGCACUGUAGAAUCAAAUGCAGGGAACAGUAUUUUUAAAUGGGAAUGAAAACAUCUAUCGUCUCAGGCACUGAAUUAAAAUCAGGAAGUGAUUGCAUGUAUGAAGUGAAUAGGCAACUUUUACUCCCACUGGUGACAGCAAAAUAUCUUUGACAUGAGGCCUGUCUCAAAUCAAGGGAAAGAGGUAACUGACCCAUGUCAGAGCAGAGAUGCCCAAAAUGCCCAAAAUGAUUUGACAUCUUCUAUUCUGUAGAAUUUGUUUUCCACUCUCUUUUCAGAAGAACAUGUGAUACUGGUUUUAAAAAGACAAUAGAAACUGCUAUGAAAUUAUCAUGUGGUUUGCUAGAAAUAAUAAUUUGACCUGGUGGUAGCCAAUAUUGGCUUCUGUGAUACAUAUAUACUGUAACUUGUGAAAAAAAUGUUUUCAGCUUUAGAUGUUCUUAACCUGAAAUGGAUCAAUUUCUAAAGGACAAAACAUUCAGUAGUUAGUGAUUACAACUAGUUACUGCCAGAUGAUGAACUUGAAAUCAUAUGGUACAAUUAAAAGCAAAAUAAACCCAGUCUACCCUUUACAUCCCUCAAUUGAUUUUCAGUGGGACUGAAGAACACUGUUGUGCUUCAGUUCAUUCUUAGCAGGCACAUUUUUUAUUUGUAUCAGUUAACACUAUUCUGAGCAGGAUUUUCUCCAGUUGCUCUUCUACCAUAUCAUUUGAUAGCUGUUCUGCCCACAAUCCCAAGGCUUGAACCACUAUCUCGUUUGCCAAAACACAGAGUUGUUCUAGUUUAUAAUAUGCUCCAUUAGCUUCUGUUUAAUGGUUUUAACUUUUAUGAAGGAGCAAUUGCUAUUCAACUUUUUCUCCCUGAAGACCCAAUCUAAAAAUAUGCUGUAUCUGGAUAGGAGACAAUAUUGAAAAGAACAGGAGUGCUGUGAGACAAAACCAACUAAAAUACCCUAGUUAAGCGUGUACUCUUCCUUCCUCUCCUUCCUUCCUCCCUCCCUCCCCCCUCCC